AUGUUAAUAUUAAAAUUGCCUUGGCUAAGACACAGAGAAGAAUCAAGAAAUUAUGAAGUUUACACAGUAGACGUAAGUCCUGAUGGGAAAAGAAUUGCAACAGGUGGGUUAGAUGGCAAGAUUAGAAUAUGGUCUAUGGAUACAAUAAAAAAAUUAUGUCAAAAUAAUAAUAUAACAAUUGAUGAAAGUGAUAAGAUGCCUAUCGCUAAUAUGAGUAGACAUACGGGGUCAGUGACAUGUGUUAAAUUUUCACCUGACGGUAAAUAUCUGGCAAGUGGUUCUGAUGAUAGAAUUCUAUUGAUCUGGCAAUUAGACAAGGAACACACUGAAGAAAGACCUGUGUUUGGUAGUCAUGUUGUAGAAAAGGAACACUGGACAGUAGUUAAAAGACUAGUAGCUCAUGAUAACGACAUACAAGAUAUUUGUUGGGCACCAGAUUCUAAAAUAUUGGUUACUGUUGGGUUGGAUAGAUCAAUAAUUAUUUGGAGUGGUUCCACAUUCGAAAGAUUGAAAAGAAUUGAUAUAAACCAAUCUCUAGUGAAGGGUGUAACCUUUGAUCCGGCAAAUAAAUAUUUUGCGACUACAUCAGAUGAUAGAACUUUGAAAAUUUUUAGAUACCAUAAAAGUGGCAAUAUAUCAUUUGCUUUAGAACACAUAAUUUCAGAGCCGUUUUUUGCUUCACCAUUGACUACCUACUUUAGAAGGUUAUCUUGGUCUCCUGAUGGUCAACAUAUUGCUGCACCAAAUGCUACAAAUGGACCUGUCAGUUCCGUUGUAAUAAUUAAUAGAGGUAAUUGGGAUAGUAGUGUAACUCUAAUUGGUCAUGAUGCACCUACUGAAGUUGUUAGAUUUAAUCCUAGACUUUUUCAAACAGCUAGUGAAAACCAUAAUAAUAAAAGUGGAAAUAAUAACAAGAAAAAUAAGAAUGUUGAAUCAGUAUUAGCAACUGCUGGUCAGGAUAAAACAUUAGUAAUAUGGAGUACAAGCAAGGCAAGACCUAUUAUUGUUGCUUACGAUAUUGUCAACAAACCUAUCACAGAUAUGUGUUGGUCUCCCGAUGGUUCAAUGUUGGUUAUUACCUCCUUAGAUUCAACUAUCACUGUAGUAUCAUUUCAAUCAAAUGAGUUAGGUGUGGCUAUCCCAUUGUCACAGAAUAUGGAACAACUGCAUCGUUAUGGAGUGGAUAAAGAUUCCUUGGAGUUUCCAGAAAGUAUAAAGCAAUUACUGUUGGAGAAUAAAGCUAAAAAAGAAGAAAAGGCACGUAUAGAAAAUCUAAAUAAAAGAUUUGAUAAACCACAUAUGAUCUUAACAACCAACUCUACUAUUUCGCCUUCUUUUGAUAUUACCACUACCACUAGUAACACAGCUACAACUACUGCAACUACAUCUGCUAUUACCGACAUUGGUACAUCUAAAAACCAAAAAGAUGCAACUACAAAUAGUAAUGAACAAUUAUUAAAAAAUACAAAAGUCAAUGUACUUAUACCGAAACGUAAAAAAGAUAGUAUUUUGAAUAAACCAUUGACUGAGAGUAAUGGUAAAAAACGCAUUAUUCCUACUUUGAUCUCAUCCCCGACAAAAAAGAGACGCGAAACCCUUUCAUCACCCACAGAAAUGUCACAAAAAACAGCUAAUACUAUGUCAAUAAAUAGUAAAUCCAAAAAAAUUACAGGCAAUAACAUAUUUAAAGACUUACAAGAAAAAAUGGGGUUUGGAUCCAUUGAUAUUCCAAGAUUAGGUAUUCAUACCUUAAUCAUGGGCACAAAGGAAAGAAUAGGAACAAGUAAAUAUUACCAAGAAGAUGACAAAAUCACUGAAGAAGAGAAUCAACUUAAUAACUUUAACAAUUUAAAUCAACAAGCAUUAAUAGAUAUAAGUACUAAAAUUGAUGAAGGCGAUGAAAAUGAUUACAUUAUGACUUUAAAUAGUAAAAUUACUCCAGAAAAAGUAUGGAGUGAUGAACCAAAUACAAGAUAUAUUGAAAAUCCUAGUGUUAUCCCAGACACUGAUGUAGUAUUAAGCGAAUGUGGUGAUAUUAAUAAAGAAUUCCAUGUUUUAGAAAUAAGAAAUGGUGUUGAAAGAGCCAUUCAAUUUGACAAAGAAGCUUUAAUUGAAAAUCCAACAAGAGUUUUAGGCUAUUCACAAGGUAAGAAAACCCUUGAAUUUUUCAUACCGGAACUCAUAUUGGCGGUAGUUGGAUCAGUGUCUUGUAAAUGCUGGUGUUUUGCAACAUCGAAUGGGUCAAUCUAUAUCAUAUCACAUUAUGGACGUUUAAUACUACCUCGUAUUAGUAUUGGGCAUAAAGUCGUCAAGUUAAUAAUUGAAAAAUCCCAUUUAAUAAUUCUAACUGAAAGAGGAUUGAUAUAUGUUUGGAAUUUAAUCAAUUUAAAAAAUAUCCAUAAGAAUAUACCCAUUCUUCCAGUGUUGAAUAAUGAACCAAUACAAGGACAUAGAGUACGUAUAAAUAAAACAAUUACUCAUAUAGGAUUAACAUCUGAUAAAAAUCAAGAUAUCACAAUACAAUUAACAGCAACUGUAGGUGAAUCUGUAUCAACAAACUACACAUGGAAGAAUACCUUAGGCUGUUGGGUUUUACAAGAAAAUGUGUGA